AGUCAAAACACUGCAGAACUCUGUAACAGCGGUCUUCCAUAUGGUUUAAAGAGAUCGACUGAUGAAAACGUAAGAGUGCCGGUGUUCUUUAUUUUUUGAGAAUCAGUAACAGCUUGUUGUUUGCAAAUAAAAAUAGACAUUGCACUUCCUUACUAUUAAAUGGUGUGUGACUUAUAUCUUCUAACUUCUUGAGGAUUGUGACUAAUUCACAAUUGAAUACCGAUUAGACGAGUAGAUCAUCAUUGUUUUAGGGCUAUUUUAUACCGGAAGAGUUAAAGACGAGGUCAGGAAAAUCUGGAAACUAUCUCUACCGAAGACUUUUGAAACUACUGAUGACUUAACAAGUGGUUUUCAAUGGAUGAUAAGAAGGGUUUGAAGGGUUCUAGAUUUUAUUUCCUGGGUUAAAAAUGCCUGGCAGUACUGCACUGUUUCAGUCUGAUCAAGAUGAAGAAACAAAGAAAAGUGAACAUCUAGCUUCAAAUAAGCAGCCUCCUCCUGUAGUCCCUCGUAGAGCAACUGUGACCCUGCAGUCUUGGCAAUCUGUAACACCUACAAGUGAAAGUUAUGGAGAUAACAAACAUGCUCGCUCCUCCUCUAUGGACAGUCUUGAAAGCAGCGGCAGUAGUAGUUCUGGCGGAGGUUAUGGUAUUUCAAAUAAUCUCUGUAAUGAACCAAAAAUGGGUGAAUACAUUCCCACUAGGCUUGCCACAAAAGCACCUAAACCACCCUCUAAUCCCCUACAAUUUGUAAAGGUUCAGUCUCCAUUAUAUAAAAAGGCUGAACUGCAAAUAAAGCUAACUAAAGAAGUAAAGAUUUGUAGAGAGGCUCUAAAAGAAGGAGAAGAGGAAUGGCAAUCAGUUAGUAUAUUACAAAAGAAUCUGGAUAACUGGAAAUCUCGAAGGCGAAAGGUUACUGAAAGGGUUAUACAGAGAGCUGAAGAAAUGCGACAAAUUGAAGCAGAUGAACAGCUCAAACAAGAACAGAACCUUAUGCAGCAGAGAAGAAUCAAAAAAUUUUCUGAAAUGGUUGAAGGAAGAUCUGCUCGAAGUUACAGUCUUGAUUUGUAUAUUGGUCAAGGUGACGAUAGUGGUUUAGGUGGAACUCCAGAGCCUGAUGAUGUAAUAGAUAGUCAGUGCUCUAUCCUGCGAUCAGAUACAAGUGAAGGAAUGACAUCUGAAGCUGAGAGCAUUGACAGUGAUUCACAUAGAUCAGAUAAAGUUUUGGAAAAGGAGCCUCCAGUUGUACCUAAAAAACCUCUUUCAUGGCUCAAGAGAAAUGUUUUUAAUCAUUGCAACAAGCCACAGUCACCAACUGAAAGUUCUUUAGCUGAUAUUAGUGAUAAAGGCUACGACAAUAACUCUUCCACUGAACAAUCUGAUGCUGAAGGUCAUGUUUGUGAUAGUGAAACUAUAUCUUCUGAAGAAGAUAUUUGUUUUGUCGAUACUCAUAAGAUUGAAUCAGAUCAUGAAAAUGCAGAUGAUCAUAAUGUUGAGGAAUAUGUCCCAGAGAAUGAUAUUCUGGAAACAAUGGAAAAUGACAAAAGCAGUUCAAACUCUCAAUCUGCUAUGGAAUGUUGUGAUGCAAAAUCUACAUUUGAUCUUCAGACUAAGGUGUGCAAUCAAACUCGUUCAUUCAAGUUGUGUAUUAAACCUGGGGACAAUAAAGGUUUUGGGUUCAGCAUUAAAGGAGGCAAAGAUCUAAGCUGUACACCUUGUAUAGACAGUGUUUUACAGGAUGGCCCAGCUUACUUAAUUGGAUUGAAAGAUGGAGACGAAAUAGUUUCUUUGAAUGGGGAACUUGCUUGCGCAUAUAGUCAUGCUUCUCUUUUAUUCACAAUCAAGCAAGCUGUGCAUACAGGAGUUCUUGAUUUGGAAAUUUCUAGAGUUACUUCAAAGGAUUUCACAAAAGGGAAAGUACAGAAUAAGCCUGCAAAUAAAUCCUCAUUUGCUGAAAAACUUGCAAAGUUUAGCUCUGGUGUCAAUUCGAACUCUGACACUUCCCAUACAUCAGUAAAGACAGAUGUCAAAGAAUCAUUAGUUUUGAGACGACGAUCAGCCUUUGAAAAUGGAAAGUCAGAAAAGGUUAUUCAACGUAGGGCUUCUUGUUUGUUAGAAGAAACUUCAAAUUUAAAGAGAGAUAGUAUUGAAAAAAGAUUUUCUGCUGAUUUUUCUUCUCAAUCUCUUCAGAAAAAUGGAGUUGCCAAAAAAGAUCCUCCUCCACCUGUCCCUGUCAAACCUAAACUUAGACCAAAACAGUUAACUAAAUCUCAAACUAUAGAUGAUUCUGAAUGUGAUAGUUUGUCUCAAAUAGACAACUUUGGUGCCAAUGAUACUACUCAUCUUCCUUUAGAACCUGUAAAUAAUGAACAAUUCAAUUAUGUUAACCCGAUUUCAUUUCCUGAUACAUUGCAAGUUGAGGAAACUGAGAACUUUGAACAAAAGAAAGCAAAAGCAUUUCAUUCACCAACUUCUGUUAACAAUUCUUGUUUUUCAGAACUAUCAUCUGUCAAUAACAAUAUCACAGUAUUAAAUAUCACAAGUCAACCACAUAAAAUUGUGCAUCAAUUGAGUCUUAAUAUAGAAGAAAAAAAUGCAGUUGAAAAUAUACAGGACUCGUGUGCUGAUUUGGAAGACAUAAGUAAAAGAAUAAGUUCAGAUGUUGAAACAUUUAAGGAUAAAGUAGUUUUAGUAAAUGAAACUCUAGUUGAAAGAGAUUUAUCUCCAAUUUACACCACUGCCAUUGAAGUGUCUUUUCAAAAUGUAAAUAAUAGUAAUACAAGUGAUUGUAUGGAAUUUACUCCCACACCGUUUGCUCAGGAUAUACCAAGUAGUAAUAAUGAUGUAGACUCUGAAACAAAUAAACUUGAUGAUAUUUAUGUAAGUGCCUGUAAUCCAGCAUGUAAAGAUAUAGAAAGUAUAAAUAUAUGCAGUACUGUACUUGAAUCUUUAAAUUUGGAAUCUAAAGAAGAAAAUAUUAAUGAACUUGCACCACCUGAUUUUGAAAACCCACCUGUCAAUACCAAUGCAGAUAAUGUAGUUGCUGAAGAUAAUCCUUCACCAUUGUGCUUAUCAUUAGAGAAAACUGAUGAUGAUGAUGGGGUGUCAGCAAGUACAACUACAUCAUCAGAUACUCCUGAUACUGAAACUGUUAUUGAAACUCUUCCAUCAAACCUAUCUCCACUGCCAAAUGAUGAGUCAAAUGGUGAGGAAACAACUAAUCAUUUGAACAAUUAUGAAGAAGAAGAAACUAUUAGAGAUGAGUCAGAGAAAGAAACUGCUGAUUUAAAUUGUACUGCAACUGAUAAUGUCAAUGCAGUACAUCUUAGCUCAUGUACAGAACUCCAAAGAAAUAACAUUGAUGAACCUGAUUUUAGUGCUAAUCUUGAUUUUGCUUUGUCAGAUGAUGCUUUCAUUGAUGAGGAAGAAUAUCGUAGAGAGUUGGAUGAAAGCUUAGAUCAAAUUACUUCUCUUGAUGUUAUUGAUGAGAUUGAACAAAGAUUAAUGCAACAGUUAGAACAUCAAGAUGAUAAUUUUGAGGAUAUUAAUGAUGGUUUGGAAUUAGCAAGUGAAAUAAAUCAAGAUUGGAUUUAUUAUUCUGAAGCAGAUUUAUUAGAUGAUUUAACACCAAAAAAUCGUGAACCUCCAAGAGAGCCUCCUCCACCUCCUCCAGUUGAACCAGAAAUAGUCACUGAGGAGCCAUUAUCAUUAACUCGCUCAAGCUCAACAAAGCGAAUAAAGAAAGAAUUGUGGCGUCGACGAUCUGACUUUUUAGGGCUUGACUCAACUGAAAGUGGUAUUGAUGUUGACAACAUUAUACCCCCACCACCAGGAUUAGAAGAAAUUUUAAAGUUAGAACGUGAACAAAACCAAUGGUUAGAGAAAAGAUUGCUUAUAGCUGAGACUAUAGCUGAGACGGAUUCAUCUUUGUCAACUCAGUCAACUUUUGGAGAUUCUCAAGAUUUAGUGCCAUCUGAAUAUUCCUCAAGUUAUUUGUUAGAUGAUGAAGAGAACUCUAAGCCUGAUUUUGAUCCAAGUAGUGAAAACUGGCAAGAAAAUCUAGAGGAAAAUGUAUUUGAAUCUGAUUAUGACUCGUUCUCUACAUCUGUUUCUUGUCCCAUUCCUGAGGAAAGUUCAAAAGUUAAAGAAAGUCCCCAACAUAAAGCAAAACAAAAUAUUCAAAAUCUCGGUGCUGCUCCGAAAGCAAAAAUAAUGGAUAGUAACAAAUGGAUUACAGAGAGGGUUGCAUCUAUUAGUAAAAGAGUGACUGAACCUCUUUUCCGACAAACUAGUUACGAUCAAAAUUAUUGGAUUGCACAAGAUGCUGGUCGUAAGCACACAAGUCAAGUAGAUGUUCCAAACAGAAGAUAUUCCAUGACAUCCCAAUCGAAUACUCAUCCAGAUGUCACAUUACGUACAUGGGAUGAUAGAGAAAGUGAAUUUCAAAAGCAAAGACCACGAUCUGCUCAAUGGAAUUCUUCUAAUAGUAGAAUUUCAUACAAUUCUGAUUCAUGUUUGAAACAAAGUGUAUUACGCACACAAAGUCUUAAUGAUUAUGAAGACAUAGAAUGUAGUUCUGAUGUUCUAGAAUCAGAGGUACACAAGUGCUCAUGUUGUAAAGAAGGCCUCUCUGAAGGCUCAGCAAUGGGAAUUGAAGCCUUGAGGUUAUACUUCCACAUUGAAUGCUUCCGCUGUUGCAUGUGCCAAAUGCUGUUAGGAAAUGGAAUGUGUGGCACUGAUGUUCAAGUCAAAAAUAAUCAGCUUUAUUGUCCUAAUUGUUUUACAGUUGAUUAAGGACAAAUCUAAACAUUACGUAUUUCCUAAAUCAUGCAUGAGUGCAUGAACUUCUCAUUGUACAGAUAUGACUUAAAGAUAUAUAAUUGGAUGAAAGUUGAUUAUUCUCUAGAAAGAUUUCUGGACUGACUGAUAAAUUAAGCAAAUGCUUGAAACACAUUGAACUCAGCAUGUGAAGAAAUCUUGAAGAUUAAUCAAUGGCAUAUUUUAUUGAACUUAUUAAAUUAUUAGUGAAUUAUAACAUUAUAAAAAAUAUGUACAACGCUGUUCUUUUUGUAGCUUUCAUUGACUAUGUUCCUGUAAUAUCACUAUUUACAUAUUCAAAAAUGUAAGAGCACUGUAAAUGGCAUUUUAUGUGUUUGUGUGCUGCUGUUGUAUUCUUGCUUUUAAUGAAAACAAGUGAAUACAGCAAAUAUAUCAAAGUAAAAGUUAAAAAAUUAUAAAUUAUUAUUGCCAACUAAAAAAUUUUAAUUUUUUUCUAAUUACAUAUUAUAAGUUAAAUUAAUUUUUUUGCUAGUUUUAAAUAUAAUAUAAAUAUAUCUAAUAAAAUUAAAUAUAAAUUGUAUUAAAAUAUUCUUAUUUAAUAAUUGGGUUUAAAUGAUAUGAAAUUAAAGUUUAAAUUAUUUAAACAGAAUGGGUUGUGGAAUUCAUAAUUAGCCUUUACUUUGAAAUGCAUUAAUGAAAUUAUUUUCAAAUACAUAUAUAUUUUUUAAAUUUAAUUUUUUUUAUUGUUAACUUCUUUGAACAACAUCUCUUCUUUAAUAUAAACUGUUUUGUUACUUUGUCUAUUCAUAAUGAAAUAAUAGAAUAAAAUAAUUUUAAACUGUUUUAACUGAAUAAAUUUUAACAUUAACUUACAACUACAUAUGGCUUUAUGACAGUUUUUCUAGCACAAAUUUUACUAGUCUUAUUCUUUCUGCAAAAAGAACAAGAUUUAUGCAAAAAAAAUUAGGUGUUAGAAUUUGAUACAAUUUUUUGUGCAUUUAUAGAUGAAAUGUAAUAAAAUAUUUUCUAGAUUCCUAAUUGUGAUUUUAAAAAAUAAUUUCUUGUUAUCAAAGUGAUUUCUGUAAUAUAUACUGCAUGUUUGUUUUUAAUUUUGUGGUUGUGGAAGAAAGAUUUAAUAAUUUAUCUAUAUCUUUAGCUUAUUAAAUAUAAAUGCACUUUCCUUAAACUUUGAGCAGCUAUAACCUACGAUGUUUGAUUGCUGAAAUCCAGUGUUCCAUGAUAAUUUAUAAUUAUUUGUUCUACAAAAGAUAUAUUUAUUUUUAAAUUUGGGAAAUGAUAAUGAAUGAGCUAGAGAAAACAAGAGAUUUUGAAUUAAUAAUGAUUGUUUAGUAUUUAUUUUAGAAAUUUUUUAAAAAUAUACCUCUGAGAAAUUUUUAUCAAAUUUUUACUUCAAUCAAUUUUGAAAAUUGUUAUUCCAAAAGUUUAUAAAAUUUACCUGUGCUUUGUAGCUUUUUUUAAACACUUGUUUUAUGGUUAACUUUGUAUCAAUUUUUAAAAGUAGUAACUGUCAUAGAAGAUGUUUAAUUUAUUUGACUUUGUACAAGCAAUUUUACUUUAUCAAAAAAAAAUAUUUGGCAUAUUAGUAGUAAAAACUUAUCUCUCUUUAAAUUUUUUAUUUAAUAACAAAUAUAUAAGCUAUUAACGUUUAUGAUAGAAUACUUACUACUUUACUGGGCAUCCUUUCCUGUUAAGUUUUCAUAAAUUUUUCUUUAUAACAACUAUUCAGACAAAUGAAAAGCAAAAUCAAAAGGUGCUUGAUUUCUAUACUUCCCCUAAAAUAUUUAUUUGUAAUUAUGAUCUUGGUUCUGUUUGUCUAAGUUUUUAUCUCCAUCACAGCUCUUAUUUAAAGUUUUAUUUAAUUAUUAUCUUAGCACAGAUCUUAUCAUUAUUGUCAAUGUUCUAAUAUCUGUACUAAAUAUAGUUAUCUGAUCCCUAACAUUGAUGAUUUUUAUUAUUACCUUAAAAUUGUUAAUGUCCCUUAUAUUUGUUGUAGAUUAAGUUUUUCCUUGUAUAAGCAAACAUUAAUUUUAAUUAUUAUUUACGUUUAUUUUAAUUUAUGCCUUUACAUAUAUUGACAAAUAUACUUUGAAUUAAAUAAAUAUGUUUGGCAUAUUACUUGUUUUCAAAUUUAACCAUCAGCAAAUGUUUAACAUUGUAGUUGUUGCUUUUUUAAAACUUUUUUUUUUUACUUUUUUGUUGCAUGAUUUUUGUUAAAUGUUUUAUAAGGAUAUAAUCAAAACAUUUUCGUAUUCAUUUCAGCUAUGCAUUUCGUUUUUUUAAAUUAAAACAUGAUUUGUUAUUGUUUUAUCUCUUGCUGUAUUAUGUGCUCAUUAAAAUUUUAAAUGACUUUUCUAUUUUGACCAAUUUUAACACAUGGUCCAAAAUUAACUGAAGUUUAAGUACUGAAUCUUUUAAUAUCAGUAAUUCCAUUUUAUUUACAUAAACAAUUUUUAACUGUAUAGAUGUUGAUCAAAAUUUUAAAUGAAACAUUUUAUUAUACAUUUUAUGUGAGGAGUAUCUACUCUAUUGAGUUAUGUAAUGUUUUGAUAAACGAAAUUUGGAUAAUAAAUUUCUUUCAUUAAAA